AUGAAAAGAGCAAACUCUCUCCUACCACUCCUUCUCGUCCAGCCUGCCAGCGCGCUGCCUGCCUGGCUUCUGAGCUGGCCGUGGUCCCCCAAUCUCGACAACGGCACGCUCCAACCACAGCCGCAACUAUUGCCAGAGCUUCCCCGUCACGGCAAGCCAGCUGAUGGCUUCGAUUUUCCGCAUCGCCCUUGGUUUCCAUCAUCUGGCUUCGUCGCCUUGGGUGACUCCUACUCGGCCGGCAUUGGCACUGGCAUCAACGGCUCCGAAGUCGACUGCCGUCUGGGCAGCCACGCCUACCCUGUCCUCAUCCGCAAUGAUAUGAUGUCUUACCAGAAUGAUUGCGACAAGGCAACCACAUUUCAGCAUUUGUCGUGCACAGGCUCGACUAUACAAGACGUUCUUGCUGGCGGCGACCAUUCCCAGGUUGACCUCCCCAACACCACUACCUCUUCCGAUUUCGCCCUCCUCUCCAUCGGCGGCAAUGACUUGGGCUUCUUUGACAUCAUAAAUAGCUGCAUCUUUCGCUUCUACUCGCUCUACUCUGGUACUUGCGAAGCCGCCCUUGAGCGCUCCGAGGCGCAGGUUGCCGGCCCCGAGUUUGAUCAGCACUUGCGUCUGCUCAUCAUGGAGAUUUUGGACAGAGUGCUCUGGGAGAAGCGUCCAUGGUUCACCAUCACCGUUACCGGCUACGCGCGCGUCUUCAACGCCGACACUCCAGAGAAGAUGAAUCGCAUGGUGAUCAACGUCAAUCGCCGGCUUGAGCAGGCCAUUCGCACCAUUAAUGAGGCAUUUACAGAACCAAGAGUCUUGUUUGUGGAUUACGACGAUGUCUUUGAGGGUCAUCGCUUUUGCGAGCCGGGGGUGGUUGAGCCUGAUUAUCUACGCAACGAAACCUGGUUCUUUCUUGUCGGCGGCGAUGACAACGAUGGCUCAACCAUGCCUCGUAAGCCGCUGCCCCCUAAUGCGGCCCUGAACGAUUCGGAGUCAUUGCGCGGUGGAGAGAUGGUUGGGCAGAAUUCGAUGUGGUAUGUUCCGACAUAUUACGGCAAGACUUUUCAUCCACGGACGAAGGCCCACAUGGCCAUUCGCGACAGAGUCUACCAGACUUGGCGAGACAUGGAUAUAUUAUCCACUCAGCCGCUGAAUGAAGAGUUGUGA